GGCUUUCUUUUUUUAAAAUGCUAAGUGAACUGAAAAUAGCGAAGCUCAAUAGCCAAAAUACCUGCACUUCCUACUACGACUUUCUUACCUGUGGGCCCGCCUGCAUGCAGACCCUGAAUUGCAAGCCGCUUCCGGUUCCUGCCAGGACUAAAUCAGAUAAUGAAUCGCCACCAGCCAAGAUUUUUCGGAACGGGAAGAAAUUCUACGGCGUAGAGGAUACGGCGACGCAGUGGUAUGUCCACAAAAGGAGACCUCAGGUCGCCAAAUGCCCCAAGCCUCGCAUGUUCGGCUACAAGUUCCGCAUGCCCAUCCGGAAUGCCCUGAACCACAAGAGUACGACGGCUCCUUUUCGUUUUCCAGGGCGGAGAAUUUCUCCAGAAUUUUUAUGCCUGCUGAAGAGGCACCACGCCAGUCUUCCCGGAGUCAACAGGGUGUCCAAACGCUAUCUCGUACAAAAGCCCAGCUUUUCUUACUACAAAUACGGUCCGGACGCAAAGAGUCGGCCCAUGCGUCCUGGCAUAGAAACAGCGGCUCCAGUGACGUUUCCCUGCAGGAAUAUGGUCUGUCCUCGGCGAAGAACGAUCGAAGGAUGGGACAUUCCGGAGGAAUCGUUACAGGUGCAAGAGAGUGGUUACGCCCUCGAGGAGGAGAAGUCAAAGGACAAGGAUGACCAGGUUCAGGAAUCCAAAUCAGAAGUCCCUAAAAGUAAAACCGAAAGAAAAAAGGCUCGUAAAGUUUCUCCUGGAAGCGCUUACAGUUCGCAGAAACCACGAAGGGUUGCUCCCUUCCGGGAGCCCUUGCUACAUGGACUUUAUACCACCCACGAACCAGAAGAACCUGAACUACAAUCGAUACCUUCUAGACAUAAGAGUUCUACGUCAGUCGAAAGGAAGCCUUCUAGUAUAAGUACUAUAUCGGCAACCAAGACUUAUUGUUAUCCUGCUGAAAAUAUUGAGGAUCCUGAUCCAUCUCGCCCAUCUGGAGUCACUGCGUGCUGCGACCCCGUCUCCUACGAGAAGCCGAGGAGGAAAAGAGAUCCGCGCCGCAUCGAGUUUGAGAAUCAGCCCUUCUAUCAGGCUAUCAAAAGAUCCAAUUAUGAGAGAUUCCCAAGCAAACCAAGUAAAAACAUGGUCACAUGUUCAGCUCCACGCAUGCAUGUCGCGAAUUCCCAGGACGAGGAGAACUGGGCCGUAUCCUUGGAAAGAGAAGCAAGAAGGGAGAAGGCAGAUUACGAACGAACUGGCUACCGAGUACGUCCAGAACCGGAGAAUAAAUUUUUCAAGUCCAUGUGCUGCCCCCGCCAAGUUGGCGUCCAACGCUCGGAACGACCCGAUUUCUAUGAUGGGACGGAUGUGGAAAUGCCACCGGAUCACCCAUGGGGAUGCUGUGGCUAUGGGUACGAGGGCUUUGUUCACCGCUCUGACUUUAAGGAUAUUUACGAAAAGAAAAAGAAACGAAAGAAGCCACCACCAUACUGCUACCUAUGGUCUGCCGUGGAUCCGAACAUCCGGGAGGAGGAGAAGCAGCGUCUGGCGGAGAUUAUGUGCCGUCAGCGGAGGAUGUGUUGUGAGUCAAAUCCAUAUUUCUUCUACUGGUCCAGGGCACAACAAGAUGUUAGAAUGCAGGCAAAGCGACAGUUGGAGGAGAUGGAUAUAGAAUCACAGGAGGAACAUUAUCCCCCGCCACCAUGUUUUCCAAAACCCCAUGAAAAGUCUUCUAGAGCCUCGGUUGUAAGCUUUGGAAAUGCGGAUUUGUGUCACUCAGAUGCCGAACCAACUCCUAUGAAAGACUCCUAUACUAUGUGCAGCACAGAGGGAAGAGGAGCCGUGUGGGAAUCCAGGCGUCAAAGAAACACAGAUGACAGUCCUUUUGCUUGGGAUGAUGAUGACCCUCCCACCGAAUCGUGUCCCAGAAAUGAUAAUACUGGCAAGUACUUGUGGAGCGGUCCCUUGGCCACGGAUUCGCAUCGGGCUCUCCCCCAGAAACCACGAUUGCUGCCCCGUUUGAAUGCCUUCGCAAAGCGGCUUCUGUUCCAUGGACCCAGCAGCCUGCCAGUGAAACCCAACUCGGAUCGCAAACAUUCAGAGAGGGAGAGAUCCAAGAGAGCUGCCAUUUGCCGAAAGUUGGAAAAAGAAACGCCCUACUGCAUCCAAAAUGCCACUACCGAUGGCUACAGUUCCAAACAAGAAGCGGCACCCUCUAACUUGGAAUCAAAAAAAACCAAUUACCAAGCCGUCGCAAACACCAGUGGCUCGGAUGAUAUGCCAGAAAGGAAAAGAUCCGCCACUCAUACAAGCUUGAGUAGCGACUCCAGCGAAGUUGAGACCAAGGAUACCUGCAAGAAACGGGAGUCCAGAGCCCAACGAGAGUGGGAGGAACGCCGUAAGCGGAGAAAGGCCAAGAAGUGCAGGGAAGGAUUCGCUAGGACCAGUAAUGAUUGGUUCCUGACCUCCCGGUCACCAGUACCACGCCACCCAGAACCUCGUCGAUCGAGAGGGCUGACCAUGCGAAACUGUGAAUUUCCCAGAGAGCCCAGUGAUCCAGCACUGAUUACACCCCGAGGCGAUCGAUUCCUAUUUGUCCAACACCCUCGCAUGUGUAGAAGAAGGAGGCCACCUAGUCGUCAAGCUCAUACUAGUCAGUGCAGUUGUGAUGACAGAACCAGAAGCAGAGGCCCAAGAUCAAGAAUGCGGGGAGGAAUCGAUUAUCGAGAGGGCGACUAUCUGCGACAAAGGAGACGAGGUGAAGAGGCUCAUGGUUUCCCGACCGGGUUGCCGGUUCCGGUCAACAACAAGCGGGAAUAUGACAUGCAGCCUGGAGCCUCACUGCCCGGGGGGUAUUCCACAAAUAACCGAGUGGAGUAUCAACUGGCAGUCAGGCUCACAGGCUGCAUAAUGUGCUUUAAAAGUUAUCACGAUUAA